AUGUCCCCAGCAUCUUGCAGGUUCUUCAAGGCUUCCAUGACCUCCAUUCGCCUGGGAAAAGGCGAUUCCACGACAAGAAAGAAGAAAAUUCUGGUCAGAGUGCCGCCGUAUCCGUUCGCACUCACACCCAGAGACCUUGAUACGGUCUUGGGAGACGCAGGUGCAGUCGAGACUCGUGAAGGAUUUCACCACCCGCGGGUAAUGUGUAAGGAUCGGAUUAGAUGCUUCCACUAG